AUGGAUCUAGAUCUAUUUAACUACCUCCUAGGCCUUAAGGUCCUUGUCUACCAACCGUGCAAGCGCGCUAUCGCCCCGUCCUAUAUCUGGACCCACCUAAAAGACCACUAUAAGAGCCAUCCGUCCGCACAGCCUCCCUCCGCUAUAGGCCUAGCUAUAGCCGCCCUCCUUAAGCAGUAUCCGCUCGCCGACCCUGAGGCGGACUCCUUUAAGCUCCCAGCCCUAUUCGCCCCCGCCAUCCUGGACGUUCCGAUCUUUAAGGACGGCCUACUAUGCCCACAAUGCCCCUUUAUAGGGCGGAAGCAGGAGACUCUAUAG